AUUUGAGCAAGAUGUUGAGCUCGCACCUGAAGCGACUAGCAAAGCUGACAGUAACCCAGGCAGCAAGAUGUCUCCACACUACUGGUGUGGUACAGAGUGGUGCUGGCCCUCACAACGCUCUCCUAUCUCAUCUUGAGGAGGAUGAGAAUAAGGCGGACAUGGCGUGGGAGUUUACGGAAGAGAACAAGGACCGAUGUACGGGAAUCAUAGCUCAGUACCCUGACGGACACCAGCAAGCUGCUGCUAUCCCUCUUCUCGAUCUCGCUCAAAGACAGCACGGAGGAUGGUUGCCCCUAGCAGCAAUGAACCACGUAGCAGCAGUACUAGACAUGGCCCCCAUGAGGAUCUACGAAGUAGCUACUUUUUAUACCAUGUUUAACAGAAACCCUGUUGGUAAAUACCACGUGCAGAUAUGCACCACCACCCCGUGCAUGCUACGUGACAGUGACAUGGUAGUGAGGGCUUGUAAGGAGAACCUGGGUAUCGGGAUGGGAGAGACCACUGCUGACAAACUUUUCACUGUUUGCGAGGUGGAAUGUCUGGGUGCCUGUGUGAACGCCCCCAUGAUGCAGGUUAACGAUGCCUACUACGAGGAUUUAUCAGAGGAGGACGUACACGAGAUAUUGGAUGGGCUCCGUGAGGGCAGAACUCCGAAACCAGGCAGCAGAAUAGACAGAUUCGCCAGCGAACCAAUCAACGGACUCACGAGUUUAACUAGUCCACCAACGGGUCCUGGAUUCGGAAUGAGAGAGGAUUUGUAAUGUUUAGGAGGUGUUGUUUUUCUGGUGCUUUAUCGUGUCCCUUGUUAAUAUUGUGGAUUGUUGGUUUAUCCAUGUCCUGACCCGGCCUAUAGCAGAUGAUAAGUGAUUAGAAUAAACGUGAAAUGUUUAAGUCAAGGAAAUUGGAAAUGUUGAUGUUCUCAUUGCUUUAAAAACCAGCGAUUUUCAGUUUGGGUUUUUGAGAUUAUUUACAACUUUUUUCUACUACGAUCACUUGGUCAGAUAAUUAUGUUAGUUAUUGAGGUUAUUGACAUCAUAAAUCAUAAGUACAACGAAAAACACCGCGAUCUUCAUAUUUUUGUGAUUGAGGAGAUACAUGAGUUUAGAAAUAGAUAGAAGUUUGUAAAUAAUUUAUGAUAUUAAGUUUUUCCCGCAGUGUAGCGGGAUCCACUUCA